CAUUGUCAAUCAAUCAUCCAUAAGAUUAAUUGAUUUUUCUUGUCUUUUUGAUACUAAACUUAAUAUUUACUUUUAACUUUUUUUUACUAUAUUCUAUUACUUUCUUGCUAUAACCAACUAUAUUUUAGAAUUUAUUAUAACUUCAUAAUCUACAUCUUAAAAAAUGGCUGAUCGUCUAACUCAAUUGCAAGAUACAAUAAAUCAGCAAGCUGAACAUUUCUGUAACAGUAUUGGGAUACUACAACAGUUUUCCACGCCCAGUAAAUUUCCUGGUUUCGACCGGAGUGGCUCGCAGACUCCACAGCAGCAACAGAAUCAAGAGGACUAUGCUAUGCUGUUUGCCACUCUGAUUUCACGGUGUGCGAAGGAUAUUGAUACUUUGAUCGAGUCGUUACCAAGCGAGGAAAGUUCAGCAGAGUUGCAGGUGCAAAGUUUGAGGAGAUUAGAAGCAGAAAACAAAGAAGCAGCAGAACAACUUGAAGAGGUUGUUCGACAAGGUGAAAUUUUACUUGAAAAAAUUCAAGCCGCCUUAAGUGAUAUUGCACAGUGUCAGCUUGACAUGCAGAAUCCAGCUUUGAUUUUAAAUAAGGAUCUCAAACCACAGUUAUAGGAGUCAAAGUAUGGUGGCCUACACCAUAGGUGAUGAAGCUAGUUGUUUCUUAUGAUUAUCUCAAUUAAUAUUCUAAUGAAAAGAAAUGGACCAUAAAAACAAAUUAAGUGGUACUUGAAUAUUGAUUUAUAGUUUUUUAGUGAUUGCUUAAGAAAAAAUUUAUCACCUUUUUGAUAAAAAUAUUAAACACCUAAUGAAGUUGUUAUAACUAUUUAAUUGUUUUGUGUUUUUGUUUUUGAUAUAUAAAGUAACUGACAAAGUAUGCUCAUAGUAGAAGUAGAUUUAUGGGUUUUGGUAUUUAUAUAUUUAUCAGGCAGUAAAUUUAUUUCAAGAAUAAAUGUAUAAAAUUUUUAGUUAUAUUAUUUUUGAUUGAUGAUUUUCUAUUUAGAUAUAUAAUUUAAAAGUUGAGGGAUUAUAAUUAAUAAGAUACUUGUUAAUUUCAUUUUUUAAUUUAAAUAAAUUAUGCAAUGAGUUUGUUUAAUUUGUUUAAUCUUUGAGCUUUAGUUGAAAUGGGUGAUAAUAGUCUGUGUUAUAAGGUUCAUUGUAAUGUCAAGAAUUUAGGAAUAAUAUUACACUUGGAUACAAAUUUUAUUAUUUCCAGUUAUGUGAACUUAAUGGACAGAGUACAGUAAUACAAUUUAGUCUGUCUGUUCCAUAUUUGUAGUUGUAAAAAUAAUUAUAACACCUACUAUAAUGAAUAUAUAGUUGUCUGGUUAUAUAUUAUCUAUAUAAUUAUUUAUUGUCAAUAGAAGGAAAUUACUACUAGUUAUUUUAAAGAUUUUUUGCUAUUUUAUUAUUUUUUAGAAUCUCAUACAUUGAUACAAUUGUAGAACCAAUACUUCAAGAAAAUAAUAUUAUGUGUCUAUGUAUAUAAGUAACAGUAAUUAAUGAACUCAGUGUUUUUGUCGUUUCUCUGACAACUUCUUGAAUAACUAUGACAACUACACGAGAUACAGCUACUCAUCUUCAACACUGUGACGCAAAGCGUCAAACGCCCCUUGAAGAAGACUUCCGGAUAAAGUUGAAACAUUUAUGGAAAACGACAAAAACACGGUGGGUUCAUUAAUUUUCUAUUACUUAUGUAUUAAUUAAAAAUGAACAUAAGUUUUAAAAAUAAUAAUAUUAUGAUUGACUAAUUAUCUCAUAAAGUUUAAAUAUUUGUCAUGAUAUUGUUUACUUGACCUAGUUUUAUAUUGAUGUAUGCAAUCAUGAACAUUCUUAACAUUUUAAUAAUUUAGGUUUUCUUUAUCAACCGACUUCAAAAAGAUUUACUUAUUUUGGUUGUAUUUUUUUAUGUUUGUUACUUCAUAACUUCGUCAGUUGUAAACCGAUUUGGAAAAUUACUUUUUUUUUUUGUAAACGAAUAUACUUACAGAUUGGUCUUAUAAAAUUUUUACCAAAUUCUGUUUAAUAGUUUUAAAAACAACAUAAUUGAAUUUGCCGCAAUUUAAGUCGGUUUUUUGUGGAUCAUAAUUUAAUUAUUGUACUGUCAUUAUAAAAAUAAUAUAAUAAAAAAUUUAAUAAUA